AUGUCGAACUACAGUUAUAGCGACGUUCUGGACAUCUGGUUCGGUCCUAGGUCAUCUCCCACCUACCUGCAAAAAAAGCCCUUCUGGUACGGCACCAGUGCUUCCGACGAUGCCUACGUCCGCGACAAUCUUGGCGCCCCAUACCAAGCAGCGAAAGAGGGUAAACUCGACACGUGGAUCCAGACCGGCCAAGGAGAAGGAGCGUUGGCGUUGAUCCUUCUAUUGGACCAAGUGCCUCGGAAUAUGUUCCGUGGCACGCCCCAGGCGUAUGCGACGGAUUCCAAGGCCAUCGCAGUGGCUCGGCAAGCCGUCGAUAGUGGCUGGGAUAAGACGAUGCCCACGAUUCAGAGACGCUAUAUCUAUUCGCCGCUCAAUCAUUCCGAAAGUCUGGAGGACCAAACGUUCUCGUUGAAGUUAUUCACUGAGUUGGGCGACAGCCACCACCUACGCUGGGCGCAGGACUUCUAUAACCAGAUUAAACGAGAUGGGAGGUUUAUUCACCGGGAUCAAAUUCUUGGGCGAUGA